AUGCAGUUCUUCUUCCCCCGGCGAUAUCGCCACCGCAAGAUCAUGCUCUGGAUGAUGGCUGGAGAGCUUCCGAUCACGAUCGUCAUCUUGACUCUGACGGGUAUCGCAUCGCACAAUCUGUAUCAAUCUUUGCUAUGGCAAGAUGGUGCAGACAAUGGUUUCAACAGUGCCCCAAAUGAAGCACUGUAUGCCGCUGCUAAUUACCGUCCAUACACGGCGCCGAUGGUGUGGUCAUCCUUCUUGACCAACUACAACCUGGUGAUCGGUGUGCUGAGCACGUUUUUGUGGAUCGUGAAAUUCCCCAUUCACUGCAUGCACCUGUUCUUCCCUCCCAUCGCGGCGGUAGUCCAUGGAUCCAUCAUGGUCCUGUGGAUUGUGUCGGCACGGUAUCAAGCAGGAAGUGACAUGUCGGACCCCAAGCACCCUCAGCCAGGACCGCCAUGGUACAUUUCCAAGAGCUGCAGUGUCGCAGCCCACAAGUCGAACGUACCAUAUUGCGAGCAGGCCAAAUCACUCUUCGCUGUCUCCAUCAUCCUGAUCGUAUACUACUGCGUCGAACUCGGUUUCAGCAUUCACUCGUGCUUCAUUACUCCAGAGGAACGCGAAGAGGUCCUGGAGCAGCGAGAGGAGAAAAAGAUCGAAAAGGAAUUUGAGGAAGAGAUCCUCAAGUCUCCCAGCAUGAUCCCCAUGACUCCAGGCCCAAUGUCACCCGGCCACAUGACCCCAGGCUUCAUGCCUCAACGGGUGUCCCCACACAUGUUCACCCCGCGCACUCUCGGCUUCAACCGACUGGGUGCCAAUAACGGAAGUACAUCGUCGGACCUCCCCUUGCGGAACACCCCCGGCAUACCUGCGCCCCAAAUGUCCGCGCAUAUAACGACCCAGGAGAUCGGGGCAAGCGCUGCAUCACCCAUGUACUUCCCUCCGCCACCGAAGAAGCCAAGCAAGAACUGA